GCUCUCUCUGUGUGCAGCGCGCUUUGUGAGUGUGUGUGUGUGAGAGUUUGAGUGUGCGCGCGUGUGUGUGUGUGUAUGUGUGUGAGUGGGCAGCGAUGGUGAAGGAGACCGGGUUCUACGACAUGCUGGGCGUGAAGCCCAACGUCACUGCGGACGAGCUGAAGAAGGCCUACAGGAAACUGGCCCUGAAGUACCACCCGGACAAGAACCCCACGGAAGGGGAGAAGUUCAAGCAGAUCUCGCAGGCGUACGAGGUUUUGUCCGACGCGCAGAAGAGGGAGGUGUACGACCGCGGCGGUGAGAAGGCCAUUAAGGAGGGCGGGGCCGGGGCCGGCGGCGGGGGCGGAUUCGGCGCCCCCAUGGACAUCUUCGACAUGUUCUUCGGAGGAGGGGGCAGAAUGCACAGGGAGAGGAGAGGUAAGAACGUGGUCCACCAGCUCAGCGUGUCUCUGGAGGACCUGUAUAACGGAGCAUCCAGGAAGCUGGCUGUGCAGAAGAACGUGAUCUGUGACCGGUGUCAAGGCCGCGGGGGCAGGAAGGGCACAGUGGAGACGUGUCCCUCGUGCCGGGGCAGUGGAGUGCACGUGCGGCUGCAGCAGCUGGGCCCGGGGCUGGUGCAGCAGAUGUCCUCGGUGUGCGGGGGCUGCCAGGGCCAGGGCCAGCGCAUCAGCCACAGGGACCGCUGCAAGACCUGCAACGGCCGCAAGAUCUCCCGCAACAAACACGUCCUGGAGCUGCACAUCGACAAGGGCAUGCGGGACGGGCAGAAGAUGGUGUUCCACGGGGAGGGGGACCAGGAGCCGGGCCUGGAGCCCGGUGACAUCAUCAUCGUCCUGGACCAGAAGGAGCACCCGGUGUUCACCAGGGACGGACAGGACCUGACCAUGAGCAUGGAGCUGCAGCUGGUGGAGGCGCUGUGUGGGUUCCAGAAGCCUGUUCAGACCCUGGAUAACCGGACCCUCCUGAUCACCUCCCACCCAGGCGAGCUCAUCAGACCAGGUGACAAGAAGUGUGUUCUGAGCGAGGGAAUGCCCAUGUACAGACGGCCGUUCGAGAAGGGGCGCCUCAUCAUCAAGUUCUCUGUGGUGUUCCCGCGGGAGAACUUCCUGCCGACUCCGCGGCUGAAGGAGCUGGAGCACUUCCUCCCGCGGGCGGAGCAGCCGGACGACCCCGAGGCCAUGGAGGACGACCUCUACAUCUACGCCGACCUGGAGGAGUACGACCCGGCGCGCGACCACCGCCGCUUCUCCCGCCCCGAGGAGCAGGACUGCCACUCGGCCAGCGGCGUGCAGUGCCACACCUCCUAGAGCCGCGCCCACGCCCCGGCGUGCUGCCCUCUGCUGCCCAGAAGGAGCUGUAACUAAAUCUACUAAAUAUAAAUCUUAGGAAGACGGGGGGGUUCCCCCUGCUUUGUUCUGAUUGGGUGAAUGAGUUGGUAUUUUAAAAUGCAGAGCUCCGAUUGGUUACCACAGCUGACCCGUGUGGCCUGUAAGCGGAGAGUAGUGUACGCACUGACUGAACGCACUGACUGAACAAGCAGGUGAAUCCAGUUCAGUGUUUAUCCUGUUUGCCUGAGAACUGCAGCAUGUGUCCCUUAUCUAACUGUGCUCUUCUGGGAAUGUGGAGUAGUUUAUGAAUAUAAUUCACCCCCCAAUGCCAAAUCACCAUAAAAAAAGAAAUAAAAAAAGAAAGGAAAUCUCUGCUUUUUACCUCAUGAACGUCUCCGCUCUGAAGCCUUAAUGCACCUGUCUAUCGCCGCCUUGCCUUCUUGCACCUGUUCCAGAACUCUGGGGGCUGUGGGAUUCCAAUGCGCACACCCGUGUUCCAGAACUCUGGGGGCUGUGGGAUUCCAAUGCGCGCACCCGUGUUCCAGAACUCUGGGGGCUGUGGGAUUCCAAUGCGCACACCCGUGUUCCAGAACUCUGGGGGCUGUGGGAUUCCAAUGCGCUCACCCGUGUUCCAGAACUCUGGGGGCUGUGGGAUUCCAAUGCGCUCACCUGUGUUCCAGAACUUUAGGGGGGCUGUGCGGUUCCGUGCUUGCACCUGGGUUCCACUCGGAGGGGGGGGGGGCGGUAGGGGGACCGAGCUGCUGGCCACGUCUGUGUGAACUUUCUCCACCUCAAGACUUUGAGCAGACAUAUUUCGGUGGCUGGAGUCUGCACCAAACUGCUUAUGUGAUGUACGCCAUGUUGAACGUCUUGGAUCGGUUGUUAGUGGGGCAUUUAUCUCCCUCGUGUGUGUUUGUAUGUAUUUCUAAUUAAAUUUGAGUACCGUACAACGCCA